AUGCAUUGUUUGAGUGACUGUGAAGUGGGAUUGAUGUUGAUAAGCAUGGUCUUUUGGAGCAUUCUGGAGCAUAUGGGACGUGAGGAGCAUGGAGGGACUUGGCAUGGACGCAGCUCAACUGGAUACGCAAAGGAAGAAGGAGGAAGCCAUCUUGAAGACCAGCUCGACCACCUCGACUCGACCGGCCAAGCUUCAACUCGAUCGAGCUGA